GGGAGCCUCGUUGCCUUUCGCGCCCUGUAGCUGUCGGUGCCGGAGAAGGAAAGAGAGGGGGGGACGACCUCUUCCCCGCCCGCCCUUUGGGAUUCUGGAAGAGAAGGCUCGCCCGGUUGAGAGCCCGCCUGCUCGGACUACCUCCUUCGCGCGCCUUUCGGCAUCACCUUCUGGUCUCCACUUGGAGCUAACUCGGGACGCACUUUCCCGCCUGUGGCAGCAUCAGCCUCUGGCCUCGUGGCGAAGAGUGAAGCAGUUUAUUUUAGGAUCUGAAGUGCUGGAAAUAUUGGAUACAUGGCAAAGAACGUAAAGAUUCUUCAGGCAGUUUUAAUGUUGCUGCUGCAUGAUUACAUUUCAGCUGAAGAUGGUGAAGGAAGAGCAAGUUGCCGAACCGCCCCAACGGAUCUAGCUUUCAUCUUGGAUGGUUCCUACAGCGUUGGCCCAGAAAACUUUGAAAUUGUCAAAAGAUGGCUUGUUAACAUUACAAGUAACUUUAACAUAGGACCAAAGUUUAUUCAAGUUGGAGUCGUGCAGUACAGUGAUUAUCCUGUACUUGAAAUUCCACUUGGGUCUCACGAUUCCAAUGAAAACCUAGUCAGAGGAAUGGAAUAUAUACAGUACUUGGGUGGAAAUACAAGAACAGGGAAAGCAAUUCAGUUUGCGCUUGACCAUCUAUUUGCUAAAUCCUCAAGAUUCCUUACAAAAAUUGCGGUUGUUCUCACUGAUGGUAAGUCACAAGAUGAUGUCAAAGAUGUGGCAGCUGAGGCAAGAAGAAACAAAAUCACUCUGUUUGCCAUUGGAGUUGGUUCGGAAACAGAAGAGGAUGAACUGAAGGCAAUUGCCAACAAGCCAUCAUCAACAUAUGUGUUCUAUGUUGAAGAUUAUAUUGCAAUAUCCAGAAUAAGAGAAGUAAUAAAGCAGAAACUCUGUGAAGAAUCGGUGUGCCCAACUAGGAUACCUGUAGCCGCUCGGGAUGAAAAAGGCUUUGAUAUCCUUCUAGGCUUAGAUGUGAAAAAAAAAGUGAAGAAGAGAAUUCAGAUCCCAUCUACAAAUGCCAAGGCUUAUGAGAUAACUUCACGCGUUGAUUUGACAGAACUGACAAGGAAUGUUUUCCCAGAAGGCCUACCGCCAUCAUAUCUGUUUGUAUCAAGUCAGAGGUUUAAAGUCAGAAAAACAUGGGAUUUGUGGAGGAUUCUAAGCCUGGAUGGAAGGCCACAGAUUGCUGUUACAGUCAAUGGACAAGACAGGACGUUAUCAUUCACAACAACCAGUUUACUAAAUGAUACUCAGACGGUUACAUUUACUGCACCACGUGUAAAGACCUUGUUUGAUGAAGGCUGGCAUCAAAUACGUCUUUUAGUAACAGAAUCAGAUGUAACAUUAUAUAUAGAUGAUCAAGAAACAGAAGUGAAGCCAUUGCAUCCUGUUUUAGGGAUCUAUAUUAGUGGAGUAACUCAAAUAGGAAAAUAUUCUGGGAAAGAAGAAACUGUACAGUUUGAUGUCCAAAAGCUGAGGAUCUAUUGUGAUCCUGAACAAAACAACCGAGAAACAGCUUGUGAAAUACCUGGCUUUAAUGGAGAGUGCAUGAACGGACCAAGUGAUGUGGGAUCUACACCACCUCCUUGUAUCUGUCCUCCAGGAAAGCCAGGCCCACUAGGCCCCAAAGGAGAUCCUGGACAACCUGGAAAUCAUGGCUAUCCUGGGGAACCUGGUCAAGAUGGUAAGCCUGGCUACCAAGGAACAGCAGGAACUCCAGGUAUUCCAGGCUCCCCAGGGAUUCAAGGACCACGUGGGCUUCCAGGCAUGAAGGGUGAACCUGGGCCAGAUGGGAAAAAGGGUGAACGUGGACUUCCUGGUUUCCCCGGAUUACAUGGGAUGCCAGCAUCUAAGGGUGACAGAGGGCCUAAAGGUGAUCCAGGUCCACCAGGAAUUUAUGGUAAAAAGGGUGCAAAAGGGGACAGGGGCCCUAUGGGAUUUCCAGGAAUGCCUGGUCGAACUGGUGAUCCCGGGAGGAGUGGGAAGGAUGGUAUGCCUGGAAAUCCAGGUUUCAAGGGAGAAGAUGGACAGCCAGGUGUGAUGGGACCACAAGGAAGACGAGGAGAUCCUGGAAUUCCUGGGAUCCCUGGAGCUCAAGGAAUAAAAGGAGAAAAGGGUGAAAUUGGACCACCAGGACCAGAAGGAACAAAAGGAGCACCAGGGACACCUGGAUUGCCUGGACCUGAAGGACCGUCAGGUUUACCUGGAGCACUUGGGCCUAAGGGCAACAAAGGUGAACAAGGUCCACAAGGGAAACUAGGAGCUGCAGGCGUUAAGGGAGAACAAGGGAUGCCAGGUACGCCAGGUGAACCAGGCUAUCCCGGUAUGCCUGGCACACUGGGUUUAAAGGGAGAGAAAGGAAACCCAGGUGAAAAAGGCAUCCAGGGUCAAAAAGGAGAAGGUGGCAGAUCAGGUCUUCCAGGGCAGAAGGGAGCAAUGGGAUCAGUUGGAGCUGAAGGAGAGAAAGGCGAGAAGGGAGACCCUGGCAUUAGAGGCAUCAAUGGGCAAAAGGGAGAACCUGGAGUGAAUGGUUUGAUAGGUCUACCUGGUCCAAGGGGAGCCCAAGGAGAGAGGGGACCGCCCGGAGCUUCUGGGUCAGAUGGAAAGCCUGGGAGAGGUUUUUCAGAAGAUUUUAUUCGGCAGGUUUGCGCAGACGUGCUGAGAACCCAGUUGCCUACUAUGCUUCGGAAUGGGAGGCUACCACACUGUGAUCAAUGUCAGUCUCAUGCUGGUGCCGCGGGACCUCCUGGUCCACCAGGCCCAGCUGGCCCACAAGGUCCUCGAGGUUUUCCUGGCUUGCAAGGAAAUGAUGGUGUUCCAGGUCUGACAGGAGCUCCUGGGCGUCCAGGGGCUCGUGGGGCGAAAGGACUACCAGGAACAAAUGGUGUUAAUGGAAACCCAGGAAUUGGAGUUCCUGGGAUACCGGGACCUCCAGGACCUCCAGGUCCUGAAGGCCCCCCUGGGAUGAGUAAAGAAGGACCUCCUGGAGAACGUGGGAACCCAGGUAAAGAUGGAGAACGUGGCAAUCCUGGAAUUCGUGGACAAACUGGACCGCCUGGAAUUUGCGACCCAUCUUUAUGCUUUAGUGUAAUUGUAGGAAGAGAUCCAUUUAGAAAGGGACCCAAUUAUUAACCUGGAAUAACAGACUUUGCCUGGUGCUUGCCUUCUAUGAUCUUUCAAGUCUCAGGAAGAUGGCUGGCAAUAAUUCACUUUCCUAGGAACUGAAGUACCUCUGGUGCAUAAAUUAAUGCGGUAGAAUAUUCCAUGUUGAAUAUAAAACUAAGGGGCCUUUGGUCUGAUUAAGCCUCUGAGUCCCAAUCCACUUAAACUUACCUGUCCCUAUGCUUUUGGAAAUAAUGAAAAGCUAAUUUCAUUAAGGGGUCACGAUUAAAUUAAAAGUUAGUCAUCAAUCAUAAACUUAAGUCUCACUCGUUUCAGCUAUGACUGAUGUUUAGCUUCACUGGGACUCUGACAUCCAGUGAGAAUGAUUUUUUUUUAAUUUAUCAUGUUUGGCCAUGACAUUUCCUUCUUUUUGAAGUCCAUUUUUAUUGACUCUGCCAGAAGAUGGAUUGGCUCUCAGUACUUGGUCAUCAGAUGUACAUCAUCACUGUGAAGCGUUCUGCACUCAGUCCAUGUAGAAAUUGUAUUUAGGUGUUCAAAAAAGGGUUGAUUAACCCCACUCAUUGUCUGUAACAGAAAAUUGUUCAUCUUUAUGUGGAGACAGCAGUGGGACAGAACUCUUCUCACACUUUCAAAUUAACCAACUCUUUUCUAAAUGCCUGAAUAGGGUUAGACAGCAUCCUAAUUUCCAUGGAACAUGGUUGGUUAUUUCAGAUGUUUGUGAAUUUCAUCAGUUUGUGUGUGCUUCAUAUUUCAACAUUUAUACUUUUCUUGCCAGAAAUACAUGAACUGAAGUCUUUUUUUUAAAAAAAAUAUUAUCACGUUUUCUUUCGUAUAAAUAUUGUUAUCCAUGUUGUGCGCGGCAAAUGUGUGCAAAUAUCCAAUUUAAAAAGUACAUUCGCAAGUGGCAGAAAACUCCGAAGACACCCGAAACAAAUUUAUAAGAUGAAUUUCUUCUUUUUUAAAAAAUAAAAAAACAAGUCUCAAGAUAAUCUGGCGAAGAUAAACCACCACAACAGCACAAACCUUUGCACAACCAAAAUUUACCACAUUCCAUUUUUUCAGUCUGACUGUAGAACGUGGUGGUGUCAUGUUUGCUGUGCUCUGCAGGACUGCAAUUGUCAAAGAAUCGUUUACAAGAUAUACUUCGUGCUUACUAGCUGACUCCCAGUCUCUGUUACGCUGCUUCAUUGUAUGUUUUAAGCAAGGCAUGUCUAUGUUUAUUCUGUGAAAUGAGAUGCAAGCAAAAGCACUGUUAGCAUUCUGAUCAGCUCCGUUGUACAAUUUCCAUUAGAGUUUGUGUCCAAUUUAAAGUAUUAAUGCAAAGAAGUGCACUUACUUAUA